UUUCGGUGGCCAGGGGUGUGUGAAGUCCAGUAGUAUGUCAACAAUGGCUUUGUUUUGUACUUUUGCUCUGCUGGUGUCUAGAAUAGACUGAUUUGUUAUAAACAUCAGUAAGUGUCUCGACUUACUGUAAGAAUCUGUAACAUGUUAUGCGUGGUGAUUUGAUUCAUUGAAGGAUUCUAUUAGUGGUGACUUGUUUGACUGUAGCUAUUUCUAACAAUACUUGAGACCAUCCAUCUAAAAUGCCGGGGAGUGAUAAAAGUGUGCCGGUUAAUUCUUUAAGAUCUACAUCUCCUCUCCGUACCCUGGAAAUGAUGAGAAAUUCUAAUUCGUUUCCACUCUUACAUCAGGUGCUGACCAGGAAAAAGUCUGAACCGAAGACAGGGACAAAAGACAAAAACACAUCCAAGCUUCCAUCUCGAGCAAGUCCACUUAUGGGCAAGAAAUCAAUUCCUCUACCUCAAGAGUCCUCUACUGGAGGGACAUCGGUCAAAUCUGGCGUUGAUGCUCAGCAUGACGAUGGUACAGUUACAGGAGCCAGCUCUGAGGAUCUUGUGAUUGACAAUGGCAGUGAUACUGGUACUGACGAGGUGGACAGCGGAGAGGGCAGCACCAGAACUAAACAGGCUCUGGAAUCUUUGCAGGCCAAAAUACAGAAAACCAAAGAUGCCAUCCGGAAGGAACAGAACACAAAAGAAGCUAUUGUCAAUGAGUACCUACAAAUGGCCUCAGACAAGCAGCCAUCUGCACGUAUCAAGGCUUUGUUUGAGAAGAAAAACCAGAAGUCCGCCAUGAACAUCAUCCAACUCCAGCGGAAGCUAGAAAACUACCAUCACCGCUUGGUGGAUGUUGAGACCCACGGAUACACGGGUCACAAGCAGGCCAAGGAGGUGUUACGUGACGUGGGUCAAGGGUUGAAAGAUGUAGUUGAAGGUGUUAUUGGAGCCAAAGACACUAUUGUUUCCAAGCCCAAAGAGUUUGCACAUUUAAUCAAGAACAAAUUUGGCAGUGCAGACAAUAUAGCACAGCUAAGUAAGUUUUAUGUAGAACUUGAUGACACCAACACAACAGAGACCAACAUAGAGGGGAAGUCUGGGGGAACUUUACCUGCAAGCUUCAAGUACACGAGUGAUGACGAGACUUCUAGUGUGACUUCAGGAUCAGGUCUGAAUGCUACACACGCCUCACCCAGCCACCAGGCACAGCCCCAGGUCAACACGGCUCUACUGGAGCCCUUGAGGAAGGAGAUCCUGGAGGUCAAGGACGCCAACUAUAAAGUGAACGAUGUCUUGCUGAGGUUAACUGAGGAGUUUGAGGAUUAUAAGGUACAAAUGCAAAAUGAAGUCAGCAUGUUACGUUCACAACUGGAAGAUGAAAAGUUCAGAGUUGAAAGGUUAGAAGAGCAGCUGAAUGACCUGACAGAACUCCACCAGCACGAGGUGUUGAACCUGCGGCAGGACCUGACAUCCAUGGAGGAGAAGAUUGAGUACAGGCUUGAUGAGAGGACGACUGAUUUGUCCGAUUUGGUGGACAGUGCCUCAACUAGAAUCUCAAGGCUGGAGCAGCAACAGCAGCAGCAACAGAUCCUGUCUAUGGAGAUGGUGGAGAAUGCAACCUUCAGGACCAUCAUCUCCAAGCUGAUCAAUGUGGUGCUGGCCAUCCUAGCGGUCAUCUUGGUCUUUGUCAGCACUGCUGCAAGAUUCUUAUCUCCCUUUGUUCACUCCACGUCCAGACUGGUGCUGUCUGUUGUAGCCACGGUGCUAGCCUGGCUGAUCUACCGCAACUUCUCCACCAUUGAGUCCACCACCAGCUCUAUAUGGAACUUUUUCUCCUGGCCCUGGAGUUGAUGACAGACUUACAGGAACCCCCACCGUAACAGUAUUUAUGAGAAAUGUCUUGUACAUAGUGUUUUCAGUUCUUCCUCUGGGUGGCGUGGUGUCCUUGUACAGGACAUAAGGUCCUGGCUAGUUGAAGGACAUUUCAUGAGGAGCUGUAUAGGUGAAGGACAUUUCAUGAUGUUCUGUCCAGUUCAAGGAGAGGUGCCUGCUCUAUUCAACUCAAGGACACUGGCCAUAAUUUCAACCAGACCUGGUCACUACUGGCGGAUGUGAGCUGGAUGCGAUGUGUCAACACUGAACUACUAGACAAGGGCUGUAAUGACACGAGGGCUGUGACGACACUACUGACAGAUGAAGGCUGAACACUACUGACAGAUGAGGGCUGGACACUUGAUGCUUUGAUAGAACACAAAUUUGUACUGUAGUAUUGGUAUGACCAGACCUGACAACUCGUCAUGGCAAUACUGCCAAGCUGACAUUGCUGACAACUGCCAACCUGUGAUGGCAGUACUGACAACUGCCAACCUGUGAUGGCAGUACUGACAACUGCCAGGAACAAUGUAGCAGGUUAACACUGAACUUUAAAAAAAAAAAUAAAACCACAUAAAACUGGUUCCUGUUGCUACUGACUCUAAAGCUCAGGGUCGGGCAUGUCUAAAACACCGGCUGUGUCUAGCACUGUGGAAAACAUUUCAACUGAUCCAGAUUUUUUAGUGUCCAUAUUUUUUUUCUGUACAGUAUCAAGGGACAGCACCCUGUAACAAGGGACACAACCCUGAUGUUAGAUGAUGAUCUCUACAGACAUUAGUUUACUGCAUGUACAUGAAUAGACCAUGUUGUAUUAUUAACUGAGAUUUUUGUAAAGUUUUUUUUUUCUUCUACUUUCAACAAUGUGGAUGUAAAAUGAAAUAAACACUGUUUUGUUGUGCCAUGCCUGCUGUAUACCACCUUCCAUUGUUCUGCUUUGGUCACCGGUCAACUGGCUGGCUAUGUGUUAGUAGCUGGUUACAGUGGCAACCAUAAUUAGUCAUUCAAAAAGCUUUUUUAAAAUUUGAAAUGUACCACUUUGAAAUAACGCUUUAGG